AUGGGGCCGUAGGCAAAAUGUGAUUAAUUUGUUUUGUAAGUAAAUUGCUCUUGGUGGCCCCCUACUGGUCAGGGGCCCGAAGAAGGUGCUUGGUUCGCUUGUGGCUUGGGUCGGCUCUGAACCUACCUGCAAUAAUUUGCCCUUCAUUCAUGUUUUGGUACUUGGUACUGAAUACAAUUUUAUAAUAUUCUAUGUUUAUAUUGGAUUUAUUUCAGAAUAAUUGAAACAAAGAAUAUGUGUAAAGAAAUCCACUUGUUUUGAGAACUAUGCAUAUAUUAUUCUAAGACAAUACACUUCCAUGUCAUUUUUAUCCACCAGUGACAGCAUGUCUGAAGGUCAGCAGAUAGAAACAGACCCUACCCAGCUCACAUUCCACACUCUGCAACAAGAUGACGAUUGGGAGGGAGCUUUGAUCGAUGAAGUGCCCCAGCCGAGGCUUCUCUCUUCUGAGGCUCAGACCAUUUCAAGCAUACUGGAGAACUGCAUCAGUCAAACAGAGAUAGCAGCAUCUCUGCCUGCCGUCCACAACAUAGUCCACCCGUCUGCAGAGAUAUGUGACGAGUUGACAAGAGCUCUUGAGGUGCAUCAGAUGUUAACUGAAAAGCUGGAAACAUCUAAUGGUCUCCAGGAGGAGCCUUGUGGAUCAUCAGACGAAGAAUGUGCGAAAAGGAGGAGGAGGGCUCAGCUUGAGAGAGACUUCAAGUACUCAGUCAGGGACCUGCUGAGGUUGUUUCGAACCCACCCUGAUGCCGUUUUUGGUUUCAGGUCAGAGGUUGACACAGAAAUUGGGGAGGCUGAACACACACUCAUCUUAGGGCUGAAACAUUUUUAUGGACAUAUGAUAGUGAGAUUGCAGACCAGCCCGGAAGAGGAAAUACUGCUAGCCGUGGAGACGGUGUCACCUGACACAGAUAUGAUAGUCAAACUUGAAGAAAUAGCAGCAGCCAUCGAACAAAAAGAUGUCGAGAUUUCCAAGAAGACUGAUGACCUCAGUAUUUUGGAGCGUUGCCUUCUGGAGAGCCAGACAGAAGAAGUGGACUGGCAGCUUGUUGCAGACAAACAGUGUCAGUCCCUCAUUAAGACUUCACAGGUGAAGCAGACCAGCAUCCAGCAGGAAAUAGACAAACUCAACAUUCGACUCCACACGAUGACUCUCAAAUAUAGAGAGGGGGAGAAAGUACUACAAGAGAUAAAUGAAAAUGUGGAGAUGGAAAUGGAAUACUUGAUCCAAAAGUUUGAUGAUGAAAUAGAAGAGCACCAGGCCGAUCUAGAGUUAUGUCAGAUGGAUGUUGAGAGGGAAGAAGGGGAAUGCAAAAGACUGGAGAAGCCUUAUGCCGACCUAGAGAAGGAGUACAACUGCAUAAUGGAGAAGCGGCGGCUAGCGGAAGAGAAAAGAGUUACAGAGUUGAAGCUUAAGGUCACUCUUUAUUGUCAGUCCUGGUGGAGAGGCUACUGUACUCGCAAGGAAUUGGCUCUCAAUCCCAUCAAGCCUACCAAGAAGGGCAAAAAGAAGGGCAAGGGUAAGGGUAAGGGUAAAAAGAAAAAGAAGUAGUCCUAAAGUAACAUACCAACGCUCUUAUUGAAGCAGCAGCAGAAGGGGUAGCCUGGGAAGGGGACCACCAAUGGUUAAUCAUAUCAUCACUUUGGAAAAUAUUACUAUAUGAAUAUAAUAAUAGCACUAUGUGACAUUUCAGUUCAUCUUGAAAAAACAAAACAAAAAGUAGACAUGGACAAAAGUUUUGGGAAACGCGGUUGCCACACCUUCACCAAGUUGACUUUCAUGUUGCCAGUCUCAGUGCCCUCUGAGAUUAACUGGCAACCAGUCAGGGUGUAAUCUAGAAUAGGCUCCGAAUGCAUAGAUGGAUGGUUGUUUCUCAAUCAAUGUUGUUCAGUUUAAAGGUGGACUGAGUUCUUGGGUACACCAGUUGCUGUGUUAUUUUUAACCACAAGGUGGCGACAUCGGCCCAAUGAAUAAUGGAAGUGUAAUAAACUAACUGGAGUUUGAAUUAGUCAUGUCUAGAAUUCUGUCAGAUUCAUCAUGUAAUAAAUGUUACACAAAUUGGUGUGACAAAAGUGAAAUGAUGCAAAGAAUCAACGAUCCACUCUUAACUACCAAUUAUAUAGUUUGUGUAUACAUGUGUUUCAAUAAGGUAAGGUAACUGAGGCCUUUCAGAGAAGCGGGUCAGAAUCAGAGUCAGUAAUCUCCCAAUAAGAUUAGGUAUAUGUGAGACAUACAAGAUUAUUGUGAGAAUGUGGGGGCGGGCGGGGUGUUAUCUGGUUCAUUCUGUUUAUUUAAAUCUCAGAGUAAAAGUAUAGUUGAAAAAAAAUGGAAUUAUAGAAUGUCCAUCUCUAAAAGAAAUAUGUAUGUGUAACAAUACAUUUAUUGUACAAUAAAAAAACCAGAAAGUACAUUUUCACUUUACAUUGGAAA